CAGUAGGUACUCGUAUUCAUUGCAGUAGAACAUGAAUCGCAGCAAAAUGUUUGUCACUUUUCUUUUUAGUUUCCUUGCUGCAAUUUCCUUUACAGGGGUCGCAGAAGGUGUUGAAGUGGGAGAUUUUGCCUGCAAAUUUUUGAGCUGCGAUGAUUCGGCGGCUUUUUUGUUGAACCAAGGUGCUGACCUAGCAUAUUAUGUAUUGCCUGCUAUACCCACACUUAUCAAUAAAUUGCAGUCUUCUAUGGGAGAGCCGAGCGAUGAAGAAACUCCACAAGUACCGAGGAGGCAUCACCGUAUAAAAAAAUAAGUGACAAAAUGUUCUCAUCAUUAAAAUAAAAUUUUG